UCUCCGGUCACUCCUCGCCGGUGGGUUCACCAGAAUUCCACCCCCAACCAACUUCCGGCCAAAACGCUCUCCGUUCACUCCUCCUCGCCGGUGGAUUCAAUAGAAUUCCACACCCAAUUAACUUCCGGCCAAAACAACAACAAACACAAAUUAUCUCCAAAAUUGAUCAAACCCAAAUUCACAAAUCAGGAGAUACGAGUAAACAGGGACUGCAAUUCCCAGAUCGGGGAGAAGAUUGAUGGCGGGGAUGAUGAUGGCUCUUUUUGGAGACUGUCGUUUGGAGAAGGGGGUGCUAAUGGGGAGAAGAUUGAUGGAGGGGUCUUGAAAUCAGUGUGGUAUGAAUCAGACAAUGAGCUGGAUGUUCCGUUUUCAAGGGGCUGUAGAUCAAGUUUUCCUGAUGUGGGGGAAGGAGAAGACGCUAAGAAGUUCAACAAGAUGGUCUUGGGUUUAAAUAAAGUGAGAGAACUGCCCAGAGAUGUGGAGUUUUCACUGAAAAUGGAAGCCGAAUCCAGAACACCAAGGAGGAGGGUUGGCAGAGAUUGGAAAUUGAGGAAAAUGGAUCGGCGGGCGAUGGAAGAGAAGCUGUUGGAAUUAGGAGGAGGAUCAUAUGAAGCAGAAUGGGAGUCUGCAAAAUCAGUAGAGAAAGAAGCAUUGAAAUGGGAACAACCAAAAACAAUUUGGAAAACUAAGAGGGAUAAGUGCAAAUUGGUAGCUUCUGGCUCAAGGAAACAUUCUUCUGCCUCUUCCUUGAAUUCUAAGAAUGCUAGCCUAAGAACUAAUGCAGAUGAUGGUGUUUUUGCUAAUCGGAACUGGGAAGAAACUGAGGGACUCUCAACAGAAAAUCUACAUUCGGGGUGGCAGAAGUUGAAAGAAACGAAAAUUGAAGAGCUGAAGUCAAAGAGUGGGAAAGAGAGGAAAUCUAUUCAUGUAAGCAGGGACUCACAGAGAAGAAGAGCAAAGCAGCAUUCCAAAGUCAGAGUUAAUUCUCCAAGAACGCCUUCCAAAGUUAGAGUUAACUUAGAAAAUUGAUCGGCGCCUUUUCUCAGAUCUCCUUCUUCAAUUCUUCUCCUUCCUUUUUCGUUGAACCCAAAGCGGAGAAG